AUGAAGUCACGGGGCCGGGGGGGCUGCAGCCCCCAGCUUACGGGCGGAUGUGGGCACUGCCUGUCCAGGUGCGGCCCUGAAGCGAGCCCCUCCCACGUGGGCACAGGGGACGAGGACAAGGGCGAGAAGGGGCUGGGGGCUGUGCCCGGCCGCCAGGCUGCGUUCCGGGAAGGCCUGGCCCUGGCCGUGAAGUACGCAAAGGUCCUGGGUUGCCCGAGGAUCCAUCUCAUGGCUGGGCGGGUCCCUGUGGGCACCGAGCGGGCAACGAUGGCUCUGGAGAUGGAAACCACCUUCGUCGAGAACCUCAGAUAUGCUGCUGACAUCCUGGCCCAGGAGGACAUGAUGGGCCUGCUGGAGCCUAUGAACAGCCGCAUCACCGACCCCCGCUGCUUCCUGACCACCCCUCACCAAGCUGCAGCCAUUCUGGAGAAGGUGGGGAGGCCCAACCUCCGGCUGCAGCUGGACAUUUUCCACUGCCAGAUCAUGGAUGGGAACCUGACACAGAACCUGAAGAUGUACUUCCCGCUCAUUGGUCACAUCCAGAUUGGGCAGGUGCCCGGUCGGCACGAACCUGACAGCCCAGGCGAGGUGAACUUCCCCUACCUCUUCCAGCUGCUGGAGUCGCUCGGCUACGAGGGCUAUGUGGGCUGCGAAUACACCCCGCAAGGAGACACGCUGGAAGGACUGUGCUGGUUGCACGCGUACUGGGAGAGCCGAGGCCAGCAGCAGCGCCGGUGCUAG